AUGGCUGCUAAUCUAAUCAAGGAGAUCGUUAGCAGGAACAAGCGGCGGUAUCAGGAGGAUGGGUUUGACCUGGACCUCACUUAUAUCUAUCCCAACAUCAUUGCCAUGGGUUUUCCCGCUGAGCGACUUGAGGGCGUCUACAGGAACAAUAUCGAUGAUGUUGUUCGGUUCUUGGAUUCCAAGCACAAGAAUCACUAUAAGAUCUAUAACUUAUGUGCAGAGCGACACUAUGACACUUCGAAGUUCAGCUGUAGAGUGGCUCAGUAUCCAUUCGAAGACCACAACCCCCCACAGCUGGAGCUAAUCAAGCCAUUCUGUGAGGACUUGGAUCAGUGGCUUAGUGAAGAUGAGCAUCAUGUGGCUGCCAUCCACUGCAAGGCAGGAAAGGGCCGCACUGGAGUCAUGAUCUGUGCCUACUUGUUGCAUCGAGGGAAGUUCCAGGAAGCUCAAGAGGCCCUAGAUUUCUAUGGAGAGGUCCGGACAAGAGACAAGAAGGGUGUGACCAUUCCCAGCCAGCGCCGCUACGUCAUCUACUACAACUUCCUGCUCAGGAACCGGCUGCACUACAGACCUGUGGCCCUGCUCUUCCACAAAAUGUUGUUCGAAACCAUCCCCAUGUUUACGGCUGGUACAUGCAACCCUCACUUCGUGGUCUACCAGCUAAAAGUGAAGAUCCACACCUACAACCCUGCUUAUACUCGCAGGGAGGACAAACUGAUGUUGUUUGAGUUCCCUCAGCCACUACCUGUCUGCGGAGACAUCAAGGUGGAGUUCUUUCACAAGCAGAACAAGAUGAUGAAGAAGGAAAAGAUGUUUCAUUUCUGGAUCAACACAUUCUUCAUCCCAGGGCCAGAGGAGUCCUCGGACAGACUGGAGAACGGUAGCUUUGCAACACUUCGAGAUCUUUCUGACAGAAUGUUUCAGAAUCCAGAAUUGAUGAUGGGGAGUGAGACCAACGACAGAGACUUCUUGGUUCUGACACUUGACAAGAAUGAGUUGGAUAAAGCCAAUAAGGAUAAAGCCAACAAGAACUUCUCCCCAAACUUUAAGGUCAAACUGUUUUUCACAAAGACUGUGGAGGAAGGAGCCAACUGUGACACGUGCAGUAUGUCGACCUCAGUGACCCCAGAUGUCAGCGACAACGAGCCGGAUCACUAUCGCUACUCGGACACUACAGACUCAGAUCCUGAGAACGAACCAUUUGAAGAUGAUCUCCAUAGUCAGAUCACAAAAGUCUGACACACACACACACACACACACACAGACACGCACAUAUUCAGUGUAAACGUGUACAUAAAUACACAAGGCCAGGAACACUGGAUGGAGACCAGUAUUGGACCAGAAGUCUGGGCCAGAAUUGAUCUGUGGACUCGGGGUCUAAAGAGCUUGGAUCAGAUAAUGACACCAAACGUAUUUUAUCUACUCGGUGCACAACCAAACAAUCAUGAUGGGGUGAUCAGUUGGAAGUGACUGAGGCACAGAAUGGGACAUUUUAACAGAAACUGAGUAAAACUUGAAUCUCAGAAAGUCAGAGGUUUUCUUCAUUGAGGUAAACCUAACCUUUCCUAGAAUCUUUUAUUUCAUCUUUUUUUCUUUCCUCCAGAAGAAUGUUUUUGUUUUGAAAACAAAAAUAUUCUAACUUUGUUUCCAUUUCUGUCCUGUCUGAGUUCCGGCUUGGUUCUUCUCUCUGAGCAUUAAAUUCUUGUCCAAAAUCAUGUCAGCUGCUUUCCUAUUGAAAUGUUUCUUUAAAUUGAUCAUAAUCCAAUCAAGAUCAGGAU